CUUCCCUUCCCCUCAGGCUUGCCAUAACAAAGACUCUUUGAGAACCAAUCUUUCUCAUCUCCUCCACGCCGGCGAGAGCAGUAGCGACCCAGCGAUGGAGAUGAGAAAGAUCGCCUGUGCCGUCCUCGUCGCCGCUGCCGCGGCCACCACCGCCCUGGCGACUGAGGCCCCGGCCGCGGCGCCAGGCCCCGCCAGUGCUUCCUUCGCGGCCACCCCCGCGGUUGGGGCCGUCAUCGGAGCUUCCGUCCUCUCCUUCUUCGCCUUCUACCUGCAGUAGAAGAAGUGAAGGCGAGCCUCAUGCAGGGCUUACGUGAACAGUGAACGAUUGGGGUUAUUGUUACCG